UAUAAUAAGUCUGUUCCGGAUGUUUUUAGCGAAAGAAUUGAGAGAGUACUUAACAGUUUCCUUGUUUGACAUUAAGCAGAGUCUCUUAUUUUACUUGCCAGCAUUCAACUCUGUUUCUCUGACGAAGUUAGGUUUACUUCGUCCAUGGAACACUAGUUGAUUUUCUUUUCCAUUAUACCCAACAAUGGUGUCGGAUUCCGUGUUGGUUCAUCGGCUCCGGGAAAUACUCCGAGUUUCCGACCUUGAAAUUGCCACCGCUGGCACCGUACGUCGGAGGCUUGAGGAGGAAUUUGGGGUUGAUUUACUUGACAGGAAAGCCUUUAUCAGAGACCAAAUCGAUCUUUUCCUUCGAACCCAUGUUGAGGAAACUCCUAACGACGACGUACACGAAGCAGAGAAUGACAAGGAUGGUGAAAAUGAUGAUUCUUGCUCCCAAGAAGAAGAAGAGGAGAAAGAACAAGAAUCAGUGAAUGUGAAGGAAGAUGAAAAUGGUGAUUCUUGCUCCCAAGAAGAAGAGGAUGAGAGUGCCACUGGGGCAAAGAAGAAAGCGCGUAGGUCUGAGAAAAUGAAUGGAGAAGCAAAGGCAAAGAAAAAAGGGGGCUUUAACAAGCCAUGUGAACUUUCUCCACAGCUUCAGAAAUUGGUUGGCGAGUCAGAACUUGGCAGACCAGAGGUCGUCAAGAAGAUUUGGGCCUAUAUCCGGGAGAAGAAUUUACAAAACCCAAAGAACAAGCGGAAAAUUUUAUGUGAUGAAGUUUUGACUGGAAUUUUUCGGGUCAAAACAAUAGACAUGUUUCAGAUGAACAAGGUGCUAUCCAAGCAUAUUUGGCCCAUAGAUGAGAAAGAUGCCACUCAAGUCAAAUCCUCUGUGAAGAGAAGGCUACCGAAACAAGGCAGAGAAGAAGCUUUAGAUGAGCCAAAGCAGAAAGAGAAAAGGCAGAAAGGUGGAGGAUCUGGUUUUCUUGCUCCAGUUCGAUUAUCAGAUGCUCUUGUGAAAUUCUUAGGUAUUGGUGAAAAUGCAUUGCCGCGAGCUGAUGUUAUCAAGCGAAUAUGGCAAUAUAUAAAAGAAAAUGAGCUGCAGGAUCCAUCUGAUAAGAAGACAAUCAUCUGUGAUGAAAGGUUAAAAGAACUAUUUCAAGUUGAUUCCUUCCAUGGCUUCACAGUUACGAAGCUAUUGACUGCUCAUUUUAUCAAAAGAGAAGACUGAUAUUGUGGCUUGCUUGCGAUUGGCAAUGAGGGAGUCCAACCAAAUUCUGAUUCGAAUCGGAAAGUCCCACAUUGGGGGAUAAAACACUCCCUAACAAAGGGGACUCGAACCCGAAACUUUUUGGUUAAGGAUGAAAGAGUACUUACUACUUCAUCGCAAUCCUUGUUAGUUAUAUGGUAUUAAUUAGCAAUAAUUACACCCUACAUGGUAUUAUAUGGUGUAUAACUAAUACUUUCAUUUGGUGGUAUUAGUAAUAAAUAGGAUUUAAUACCACUGGAU